AUGGAUAGAAGGGCAAAAAAUGAUAUCGCCGGCGAAAUAGAAAAAAGACCGGCGAUAUGGGAUUUGGAAUCACCUGAUUAUGCCAACAGGAUUUUAAAACGUAGGUCUUGGGAAGAACUGGUGUCAGUAUUUUCUGAUAAAGAUGACUCCGAGGAAAAAAAGAAAGAUUUAGACACCUCAGAAAACUCAGAGACAGGUAACGAAGAGUCUACAGCAGAUGCAAGGGAAGACAUAAUGAGGCCGCCAAAUCAAAAUAUUAAAAGAAAGAAAAUGACUGCCGCUGAUGCUGAAUUCCUGAACAUAAUUAACAAAAAUAUAAGCUGUAGGAAUCAACAACAGCCACUGCUUUCCAGCGUAAUGGAAGGUGAUGAUGACAAACUGUUCUGCUUAUCUUUACACAAAGAAUUACUUAAGGUACCUGAGGCCAAUCGUAUAGCAGUAAAAUUGAAUUAA